CGUGGUUGUAGUGUAAAUAUGAAAUAGUAGUAUGAAAAGUGAAUGUGACGCGGACCCACCCAAAUUCUAUUAUCCAUAAUUCACAGACCAGACUUAAUGAGUGGUGUGUUGGGCAUACCGUCCAGCUCCUCAAUCCCUCCAUAAAUAUACCAUUCCCUAGUCACAUUCAUUUCUCACAAAAUAAAUAACUAAUUUCCAGCUAUGGAGGACAGCAACUCGAAAAAACCGCUCCUCGUAGAGGUGGAGGAAGAAGAAAGAGAAGAUGAAGUCACGGAUCUACUCUCCAUCCCGGGCUACUCUUUCCCGAGACUCUCCAAUCUCUCGUUUUUCUCGUCCUUUGUGGCGGACGAUGAGGACAUCCCCCCGAUCCAGACUCUCGGCGGCUUUCUGUCCGAGUUCAAGCACGAGUCCGGCAAGCUCUGGUACCUCGCCGGCCCCGCCAUCUUCACCUCCCUCUGCCAGUACUCUCUCGGGGCCUUCACCCAGACCUUCGCCGGCCACGUGGGCACCCUUGAACUCGCCGCCUUCUCCAUCGAGAAUUCUGCCAUCGCCGGCGUCUCCCUCGGAUUCAUGCUGGGAAUGGGGAGCGCAGUAGAAACUCUAUGCGGACAAGCCUUCGGCGCGGGGCACGAGGAUGUGCUGGGCGUGUAUCUGCAGAGGUCGUGGAUAAUCCUUUUGGUCACAGCUUUCCUCUUAAUGUUUUUCUACAUUUUCGCCUCUCCUUUUUUGCUGCUCAUCGGGCAGACUGAGAGCAUCUCCCGAUUCGCCGGGAAACUGGCCCUGUGGAUGAUCCCGCAGCUCUUCGCCUACUCCAUAAAUUUCCCGACGGCCAAAUUCCUUCAGGCGCAGAGCAAGAUCAUGGCCAUGGCCUGGAUCUCGGCGUGUGAGGGUCGCUAAUGAAUUGGGUGCUUCUCGUCCAAGAACGGCUAAAUUUUCAGUGGUUGUGAUGGUGAUAUCUGCUUUUCUAAUCAGCCUUUUGGUAUCCAUUCUUCUUUUAACCUUCCAAGACGAGUAUCCUUCUUUGUUCACCGAUAGUGAUGAAGUCAAAAGAGUCGUGAACGAGCUCAAUCCAUUGCUCGCAUUCUGCAUUGUGGUCAACAGCAUUCAACCGGCACUCUCAGGGGUGGCUAUUGGGGCUGGAUGGCAAGCUAUGAUUGCAAAUGUGAACAUUGUUUGCUACUAUGUGUUUGGGGUUCCUUUGGGUCUAAUAUUAGGUUACACUCUUGAUAUGGGUGUCAAAGGCAUUUGGUACGGAAUGGUAGCUGGGACUCUUGUUCAAACACUAAUCCUCUUUUGGAUUGUUUACCGGACCGAUUGGAACAAAGAGG